AAUUAGCGAGGAAAAUAAAUGAAAAGGCCAAGCGUACGACAGGCCAGAAGUGCAUUCGAGUGCUCGCGCUUUCCCCGCGUGUGUGUGCAUCGUGCUGAGCUGGUGGACAGUGGAUACAGUGAGACUUGAGUGCGAGUUCCUCCUGCGCAGUUGAGCCCCUGUUUUGUUUCCCACAGCAACUGGCCACUAGUGAGGUUAGGGCAGUUGUGCGGGCAGUGCGGAAAUGGUGUGCGCGCGGUGCCCCCGGACGCCGCGCUGGUAGCUUGGAAGAACUGAGCUGAUGCGAGAAAUGUCGCGGCCGGGCGAGAGCCGCCGGCGCGUGGGCCUGCCGCUGCGCGUGGCGAAUUGGUACUACAAGCACGGCCUCUUCCUCUCCAGCUACCCAACAUGUGCCACCAGCUGUGCCAUCGUCGUCCUCCUGUUCUGCUGCUACCCACUCAUCUACAUCCCCCUGCCGGGCACCAUUCCCACCAAGGUCGUCCUGCCCUACAAUCCCGACGACGCCACCGACAACGCCACUUCCAUGUCCCGCCUCGGCAACAUCAGCACCUUCGAGCCGCCGUUCCCGUGGGCGCACGCCGAGCCCUUCAUCUACGUGCAGCAGAUCGUGUUGCGCUCCAGCGUGGCGCCAUGGAACGGGAAUCUCAUCCUCACGGACGCCUACAGAGCGCCGCUGGCGGAGACUUUCAAGUUGCUGGAGCUCAUCCGGAAUCACGAGGUGGAGGAGUCGCACGUGACGCUGGCCAAUCUAUGUCUGCACGUGGAGAAUGUAAAGACUUUCCGGGCGAAGGACACCGUGUUUCCCGAGUACAACUGCCUGAUCCUGUCGCCGGCCAAUUUCUGGCAGCAGAACACGCAGAUGUUCAACCGGGACGCGUCGCUGCUCAACACCAUCUUCCAGUUUCACAAUUUGCAGAAGACGAAGGUGUCCAUCGCCGAGAUGCUCUUCGGAAUCUCAAUCCGGGACACCGGCGUGAAACGCUAUCCCAUCCGCGCCCGCCCGCGCGUCAUUCAGUUCGCCGUGACGCUGAUCCUACGCGAGAAGAAUCAACUGUUCCUCAGCACGCUCAAGGAGAAGCUGAUGCGCCACUACGCGCUCCAUCACGCCGCCAACAAUGAUCAGCACCGCGAGUCGCUCACGUACAUCUACUAUCCGGGCGAGUUCCGCGUGCUCGAGGUUAUGCCGCUCAUCAUCACCUUCGUACUGCUCUUCUACUACGUGUACUUCUCGCUGCGCAAAAUGGACCUCAUCCGGUCGCGCCUGCUGCUCGCCUUCACGGCGGUCUUCACGGUGCUGGGCAGCCUGAUCAUGUCGUUGGGAUUGUGCUUCUUCUUCGGCCUCACCAUCAGCAUCCAAUCCAAGGGUAUCUUCCCCUAUCUGGUGGUGCUGGUUGGCCUGGAGAAUGUGCUCGUGAUCACAAAAUGCAUCACAUCCACGGACGAGAAGCUGGACGUGAAGAUCCGUGUGGCCAAGGGUUUGUCCAACGAGGGCUGGUCGAUCUCCAAGACCCUGCUCACCGAGAUCACCAUUCUCACCGUGGGCCUGGCCACCUUUGUGCCCGUCAUCCAGGAGUUCUGCAUCUUCGCCAUCGUCGGCCUCAUCUCCGACUACUUCCUGCAAAUGAUGCUCUUCUCCACCGUCCUGGCGCUCAAUAUCCGCCCCUGUGAGCAUGGCGUGCAGCUCAAGCAGGCGAAGAAGGACACCGGCGCCGCUUCCGGCUCGCCGCAGACGCGUCUCAGGUACUCGUCAUCGGCGCACGCGACGACAAUGUCUCGAUCGCAGAGUCACCCGAAGUUGAGUGGCUUGAUGCUGGACUCGGUGAAUCACAUCUCGACGGAUGUCAUUCCAACGCCAUCGGUGACGGACAGGAAGAUACCAAAGAGGGUGAAGAUUGUGAACUUCUGGGCGAGAACGCGCUUCUUUCAGCGUGCAUUUAUGAUCUGGAUGAUCGUGUGGAUCUUCUCAAUCAUCUACAAUUCGAACAUCCUGGAGAGUCUGUUUGUGAUCGACACGAGCACAGAGAUCAACAGCCUGCCGAAUGAGCCAGUGGCGCAGGAGAGCCAGCAGCAGAGGGUGGAGCGGGAUGAGAUGGUGUUCAACAUGGCCAGCACGCGAUCUCCGAUCUAUGAGGCGCACGUGGUGGAAGAUGACACGUUCGCCAACAUCAGUGAGCAGCUGAACAAGCUGCGCCAUCCGGAAUACGACUCGAAUCACUAUCUGUCCAAUUUCCACUGGUCCGCCAUUCUGAGGCAGUACAACAUCUCUGUGAGUGGGAAGUACGUGACGAUCUUGCCGACGAUAAGACUGUCGCACGCCAUCGCGCCAGAUGUGGCGGUGACGCUGCGCAAUCCGGACGAGAAGAGUCCACAGCAGUUCCAGUGGAAGGCGCUCGCCGUGGCGCUGGAUCCCAUUGACUUCUCCGACGCCGAGCACCAGGAGUCGCCGUCGCCCAGCACCGGCAGCAUGCCGUUCUACCCAAAGAGUCCCAUGGAGAUCUUCCUGGCCAGCAUCCUCUGUGCCAUUAGUAUUUUUGUCCUCACGUACACACUGGUCGUGUUGUACCGCUGCAUCUGCACGCGCAACUACGCCGAGUGGCGCGCCAGCUGGACGGACGCCGAUCCCACGGCGCGGCCGCGCGUGGAGCACGUGAUCCAGAGCAGCACGCCAAUCGCCGUCACGGGCCAUCGGCACCGCGUGGAGUGUCUGGCGAUGGACGGCCUGAUGGUGGCCAGCUCGUGUCUGGAGGGUAACAUAAGGAUCUGGGAUGUGAAUGGGGGCGAGCUGAUUGCGGAGAUCAAUCGGCGUGUGCUGUUCCGGGAGGUGCCGAACCAGAGGGAGUCUUCGCCCAUCUGGUGCCUUGACUUCGUGGACAAUCUCAUCGCCGUGGGAUGCUCAGAUGGUCGUGUAGAGUUCUGGGAGGGCAGCACGGGGAAUCUUAAGUGUGUUUUGGACGAUGAGAAGAAGGUUCGCAAUGGCGUGACUCACAUCAAAUUGUCUGGCGAUAGAGUCAUUGUGGCCAGACUCUGUGGGCGAGUGGAUUUUCUGCGUUUGGAAACCUACAGUCAAGGCAAGCAGAUUGACUGGGGCUUCACAUCUGCGUACAGAAGAACUCACAUUCGCACUGGAUCCACAGGAAGUUUGGCAAUGAUACAUCACAGCACCGCCACGGGUGAGGAAUUGCGGUGUAUUGUGGAGAUUCAGCACAAAGCCCAUCAGCAAUCCAUCACGUGUCUGGAAGUGAUGCACGGCACGGUGUUCACGGGCAGUCAGGACAACACGCUGAAGGUGUUCAGGCUGGACAACAGGAGUCUGCAGUACACGCUUCACGGUCACUAUGGGCCCAUCACGUGUCUCUUCAUUGACCAGAAUCACUACGGAACUGGCGGAUCGGGCUCUCAGGAGGGACUGCUAUGUGUCUGGGAUCUCACGUCGGGCGCGUGCGUGUAUGGAAUCCAGGCGCACGACGGCGCCAUCGUGUCACUAGUCUGCUCGCCGAGUUACGUGAUAUCGCUGGGCGCGGACGAGAGAUUGUGCAUCUGGGAGAGAUUCCAGGGGCAUCUUCUGAAUUCCAUUAACGUCUUGUACGCUUACUCAAUCCUCUUGAUGCUGACGCCGUCGUUGCUCAUAACAACCAAGCCAGGUUCUUUGAUUGUCUGGGACGUGCGAACGGGCGAACCGACGCGAGAGGUGAAGCUGGACAGUGCAAACUCCCAAUUGUGCCCCAGGCUGGUGUUGGCGUCGUCAGACUGCGUUAUUUGUGAUUAUGGGAAUGAAUUGAGGAUCAUUCGGUUCCCCUUGACGGCGGGGAAGAUGGAUUGAUGGGUCACACAAUGCGGAGUUGUUACAAAACUGUUUUUUUUUUAUGUUUACGGUAAGGAAAAGAGACUUUUAUUAAAUGUACCAUAGAAUUUUUAGAGAGAAUAUAUUCAUCGAUUUACAAUCAAGAGUCAUGAACAACACAAAGUUAAUUUAAUAAUUAGGCACCAAAUUUGAGAAGAAAGAGAGAGAAUCAAAUGUGUAAAUUAUGUAAAGUGUUUCUAUAGAGAGACUAAUUAAUUAAUAAAUGAAUAUCUAGUUUA